AUGUCUGCUGGAAGUAAUCAGUCCUCUGGAGGAACGUCCCCUCUUUCCUUUCCCACAACCUCCCGGUACUCCACACAGACCUUAUGUUCCGAGGAAGGAGGUAAUGAAGAGGAUGAGAAUUCAGAGAGAGAGUAUCUAUCUCCCGAAGACAGUGAGUAUCUGGAAGAGGAAAUCUAUUCUGAGGAAGAGGAGUACCUAGAGGAGGAAAGGUUUCUGAAAGAGAACCCCUAUCUGUAUGAGAUUCCGGGGUUUCUGAAGGAGAGAAAGCAUCUGCGGAAGAAAAAGCAUCUGGAAGAAACAGAGGAUCUGUUGGAAGAGUAUCUGGAAGACGAAUUCAAGAUUACUUCUUCCUAUCAAACCCUGCCUCAUCUUAUCUCAAGGAGCUCAGCAACCAACCCUUACGAGGAGACCAUGCUCUUCUCUGUCCCACCUUCCAUCUCUGAACUUCCCUAUGAGAUUCCGUACGAUGACACAAGACCUUCUACCUCGUACAUGCAGCAAGAGAGAGAACUUCUGGCCUGGCAAGACCAGAGCACGCAGACAAAAUGGAUCUAUGAAACACCUGUAAAACCAAAAAUGAAAACUGGACAAGAAAUGUCAAUAACCACGUUCCCCUCUUUAAAGUCCAGUUCAGAAGUGUAUGUUAUCCCUGACGUGUCUCAGAGGGAAGAAAAUGAAGUCUUGGAUUUUGUUACUAAAGAGAACUUUUUGAACGAUUUAUUAAAUGAGCCCAUUGACUCAUUGGAAGCUGAGGCCCCAGGUGAGAAGCGUCACAGCACCUCCUAUCAGGCAGUGUUUAGGACCAUGCUCAAAGAAAUGGCGGCUCGCAAAGAACAGGAAGAGGAUAUUGACGUCCCCCUGACCGGACUUCUGGAGAGUGAAACCAGAAGGAAACUGGGAAUUCUGUUGAAGAAAAAUUUUGAAAAAUACAGAACAAUGAUUCUCUGGAUUAUGAAGAAACGUGAAAACUUACUCAACCCCAAAACCACUGCAGCAGGCCCAGAUAUUUCUACUUUCACAUUUCAAUUAUGGAAUCAGCCACCCGAAGUCCAGGAGUCUGUGACAGAAGUCAAAAAACCCCGUCGUGUUGUUCAUCCUAAGAAGAAAUUAGAAAUAGAUACAGAAUGGGUACAGAGCAAGACUGAGGUGCCUCACCAUGAUGUAAAAUUAACCCUCUACCCCAGUGAGACGAUCUUCCAAAUCCUCUUUCUUGAUGGAUCAGGCCAGAUACACUAUCCAUCAGGAAAGCUGGCUCUGCUAAUCCUCAGUACAAAACAGAGGGAGUUAACAUUCAUCAUUCUGGAAGACAGUGAAGAAAGGUGUGUCCAGGCCCUUAUCAACAACUCUGGCCAUGCCACCUUCUAUGAUGAAAACAGAGAAAUCUGGGUGAGCCUGAGCCAAAACCUGGGCUACUACUUCCCCAAAGGCAAACACCAGAAGGCCUGGAACUGGUGGGACCUGAGCCUCCACGUCCAUGCACCCCCUUUCCAGUCCAUCUCCUUGAAAAUCAACCAGUACAUCAAGGUACAAAUAAGGAGCCAGGAUAAGAUCAUCUUCUGCUUCAGCCACCAAAAGAAGCAAAUCUGCUUAAACCUGGGCACCAAGUACAAGUUCGUAACCCCAGAGGCGCUGAGUGAAAUGAAGCAGAAGACCAUCCUGGAGGUAGAAAUUAUUUCAACAGCUCGGAAGAUGCAGGUUCUCCUGGGGAAAAUGAGUAGGAUCCUGAAUUUCCUGACCAUCCCUGAUUUGGAAAACUUCAUCAAUAAUGCCAGGAUCUUGCCAAUCGACGACGUGGAAUCGAAGGAGGACUCUCACCUCCCAGAGUAG